UUAUUAAAACAAACACGUAGUUCCCGAGAAACAUAUGUAUAAAAAGUCAGGUUGCGAACAGCAAGUUAUCAAUCAUAAACGAUUCCACCAUCAGUUCGGUUAUCUUUACUAUCGAAAGCAAUAUGUGCAGAAACCUAAAGUCUUACAGUUCCCUGCUGGUUCUGAUCCUGGCACUUGGAGCCAUUUCAGCUCAACCUGCGAGGUUAGCAAAACAGCUACAGAAACAGCAGGCGGCACCUUACCCAUCCGCGGAGGAACUGAAGCCCGAGGUUCCAUUCGAAGAAGGAGUUCCCGAUCAGACCUAUGGGCCUCCGGAUCUGACCUACGGACCUCCGCCCACCGAUGCAGUGGAGCAGUUGCCCAGUGAUGAGGAGCCCCAGGACUUCACUCCCGAUCCGGAUGCAGAGGAAGUUCAGCCCAUUCAGCAAGGCCCCGCUCGUCUGACCAAGCAGAUCAGGAGUCGUCCACAAGCACAAGGAUUGAUUCUGCUCUCCUCGAGUCCACUGCAAGUGCUAAGUUCCAAUGGACUCCCUGUUCCAGUGGCUAUUCAAUGGUAGAAACACUAAACACUUAAUUUGUGG